GCAUGCGGGGGGAGGGGCCAGCGUGGACUUUGUGUGAACUACGGUGGCGCGGAGGUGGGAGUAGGUGCUCACCGGCAUGGCGUUGCGAAAGCGGAGGGGUGGGAGCCGCAGACCGGACAGGCUUUCCUGAAGAAAUAGUUUAUAGAUUCACUGCAUUUCUGAAAACACAGAUAUUUACAGUUGGAAGUUGUCAGCCUUACGGAAGGCAAAAUGAAAGCUUCCCGUGAAGUUUUGGAAGAGUUAUACAACAAAGUACUUCUUGGAGCCAUGCUCGAGAAUGACAGCCUUCAUUACACCUGUUAUCUCAGCCCAGCAGUGCUGGGUCAGGGUCACUCCACCCUCUCCUGCGCAGAGUGGGCAGGCCCCCAGGACGGCCGGGAGGAGCCCCAGCUGGCCUCUGUCAGCACAGCUCCCGCCUCGGUAGCACCCACGUGUGGGAGGAGCAGCCAGCAGAGCAGCAGCGCCCGGGAGCUGGUGCUGCUUCAGCUGACGGUGAUCCAGGUCCUGCUGGCCCGGGCCUCCUCCGUCCACACCGAGAGCCGCAUCAGGGCCAAGUACAGAGAUGUGGUCAGCAGUCUUGUACGGUCGGCUGAAGUCGAUUCCAAAUUGAUCUGUAUGUUCCACAACUCGGAUAAAUUGUUAUCCCACAUGGCCACAAAGUGUCUUGGGUUGCUUCUGUAUUUCCAACUGAAAGAAAAGAUGCCAUUGAGUGACUCUUGCAUUGCAUUUUGCCAAAAAAGUCUUUCUGACUACCCGAAGAGUGAUAAAGCAAUAAACUGUCUGUGUACUCUUACAGUUGCAAUAAAGGAAAUCUUUAAAGAUACAAGUUCCCAGAAAGCAGAAAUUGUCCAGCAGCUGCUGACCCCUUUGGACGCGGCUCUGGAAGUAUUCUAUGAUUCCCUGUUUUCUCAGCAUUUUGAACACUGCCAAGAUCCUCAUGAACUUGUUACCAACCUGCUGAGCUUCCUGGAGCUGCUUGAACUGCUCAGCGCCUCCAGGGUCUUCCUGAAAUCACACUUCACUUGCCAGAGGAUCUUAUUUUUGAAGCCUUCUUGCAUGCUGGAUGUGAUUAUGUGGCCUGUUGAGGCUUUUGUCCAAAGGAAACUCUUCCUACUCAUCAAAAAGUGCCUUCUUGGGACAGCGGGAGAGGACCUGUGCCGGGCACCCGUGCCCACGUGUGUGACGCCGGGCCGUCCUGCUGAUGCCGACACCGCAGCUCUGGCCAACGCUGUUCUCCAGGCAGUGACUCUGGGGCUACUGAAGACGCUGUCUGUCCAUGGGAAGCCUUCCUGCUUCGGAGGCGACAGAGCCCAGCCCACAAUGGGACAGCACUCUGCUCCAGAUCCUGUGAUCCGCAGGGCCGUGAGCCUGGUGCUCGUGAAAUCCUUGGAAAUUAAGUUUGAGAGUUGUACCUCAGCUAAUGAAAUGACAGUUUAUUUGCAGAGGUACAUGUCUGCGUUGCUGACCUUCGUGAUGCCUCCCCCGCAGCCCUCACUGCAGCUGCACGGUCCCUGUGAAUGGCUGUCGAGGGUCUUCAUAGAGCAAGACGAUGACAUGCUGGAGGCCGCCAAGGCAUCACUGGGCAUCUACAGCAAGGUGACCAGAGAAUGGGAAGCCACUGAAAACCUGGCCCCAGAAGGAGAAAAGUGGGACCGUCAUAUGCAUGAGAAUGGCUGCAAUCCACAUUGUAUUUUCCUAUUCUUCUUAAAAAAUGUAGGAUUUGAUUCUUCAGUUCUUCUUGACUUUUUGAUUUCAUCAGAGACUUGUUUUCUUGAGUAUUUUGUCAGGUAUUUAAAGCUACUGCAAAAAGAGUGGGAUAAUUUCUUGACCAUUUGCAAGUCUUCUGAUGGACCUACAUCUGAACUGGGCAUCCAUACCUGUGGUUGUGUCCCCUCACUGGCCCAAGGCACAAGCAGCAGCCGGACAGCACCCUGCCGAGUGACUGCCUUUCCCAGUCGUGGUGGGAUUCCAGCUCGGGUCCCCAGGGCUUCCCAUGUUCCUGGUGAACACUUGAGCCAGGCCGUGACCUCGGCGGUGACCCACACCGUGCGGGCUGCUCGUUCAUCUUCCCUUCAGGGCCCACCAGGUCUGGUAAAUUACGACAGCUCGGAUGAUUCUGAAGCAGAAUGCACAGACCAAAGCCUGGCCAGUAGCCGGCUGCCAUCUUUGCGGCAAGCAGCAGUCGGGGCAACCCCUGACCCAGCUGGCAGCGGUGGGGGUCAAGAGCUGAGCCGAGAAACUUCCUCCUGUGCUGGCGGUGAGGUGGCCUCCAAAGGCAACGCCUGUACAGUGGGACUGCUUCACAGAACAGUGAAAUGCUUCCGGGAGCUCCAGGGUGCCAUUUCCCGUUUACAGAAGAAAAAUCUUUUUCCAUAUAAUCCAACUGCACUUCUGAAAUUGUUAAAUCAUACAGAGACAAUGUAUAAUAAAACUGUGAUCCUGGGCCUGGCAUGAUAGCUGGUGGCUAAAGUUCUCGCCUUGCACGUGCCGGGAUCCUAUAUGGCCACCAGUUCAUGUCCUGGUGACCCUACUUCCCAUCCAGCAACCUGCUUGUCACCUGAGAAAGCAGUCAAGGAUGGCCCAGAGCCUUGGUACCCUGCACCCAUAUGGGAGGCCUGGAAGAAGCUCCUGGCUUCAGAUAGGCUCAGCUCCAGCUUUUGCAGCCACUUGGGAAGUGAACCAGUGGAUGGAAGAUCUUCCUCUCCGUUUCUCCUCCUGUCUAUAUGUCUGACUUUCCAAG